AUGGAGAUGAUGGCUAUGACUAUGCAACAGCAGAAUGCCUACUUUGCUAGGAUGGAUGCUGAUAGAGCUACAGCUAGUGCAGCAAGACCAUACUUCCCAGAGAGCGUGAGGCACGCCAAGAAGGCUGAGUUCAUGCGGUUGAACCAAGGAGGGAUGUCGGUGUCUGAGUAUGCGAUGAGAUUCGAGCACUUGGCUCGUUUCUUUUCGCAAGCUAUUUCUGAAGCUUGGGAGUGCCGAAAGUUUGCUGAGGGGUUGAAACAAGAGUUGAAGAGGGUGGUGGUGCCUAUGGCCAUCACUGAGUUUCUGGCCUUGGUGGAAAAGGCUAAAGUUGUUGAGCGGUUGGAAGGUGGCAACCGUGUAGUGAAGACUGCUGAGGGACCAGUUAGGUCCAAGAAAGGUGGAGGUCAGAGGAAACCAUAUGAUAGAGACAGGCUAAGCAGGUUACCGGACGAAAUCAUCCACCGUGUGCUUUCCUUUGUGGACGCAGUUUCAGCUGUUCAGACGAGCGUUUUGAGUAAGCGAUGGAAGAAGCUUUGGACUUCCCUCCCCGUCCUCAACUUCAACUCUUCCUCCUUCCACCACCCUCUCCUCUUCCACUCUUUCAUCCACCACUUCAUGUCCCACAGAGACUCUUCCACCAACCUCUACGCCCUCAACUUCUCCUGCAACGAUGAACUCGACGAUGGCCACGUCGUUGAUUCCAUCAUUGACCAUCUUACCCUCUCACCCACCAUUCAGUUUCUCACCAUCUAUGCUGAAUGCCCAGAGGCCAACCUUCCUCAAGUCUCUUUGUGCCAAUCCCUCACCACCCUCAAGCCCGCCGACAUAUGCAACGAGGCCACAACGUUUGACUUCGUUUCUCUUCAAGGCUUUUACCUUUUUGAUUUGUUAAGAGCUUCAAAAUCUCUGCGCCCCAUCUUGAGUGUCUCGGAGAUGAGAGUGGAUGAUGUGUUUGAUUCUGACUGUGCUAUUGAGCUUUUCACGCCAAAGCUUCAAUCUUUUAGCUACUGUGACUCUCAUCUUUAUAAUUUUUCUGCAAAGGUGUUGUUACUUUUGUAG